AUGGCGCGGCAAUCCUGUGAAAUGGGGAGGGCGAGGAGGCCGUUGAAUGCGACGGGAGGAGUUGGAGACGGAAAAGGGAGGCGAGGGGUGAUGGCGAGGAGCGGUGGCGCGGGGGUGGUUGGGCGGGUGGCUGUGAUGGGCGUGGUGGCGGUGAUGGCGAUGGUGGGGAGCGACGAGGGCCUCACGCAGGGCGGUUGGGCGCAGCGCUGCUUCUGGCGCAGCAGCGGCUGCAGCCGUGGCUUCCUCCCCAUCAUGAUGGCGCACGCUGCUCCCCUUGACCCCACCCAGUGGCCGGGGCUGCGAGACAUGAAGGCGCGGUUGGGCAGUGCGGCGUCUCGCAUCACCGACACCUGGGUGAAGAGCAACACUGACUGCGGGCAAUACAACAGAGUUACCUGCGACUCUGAUGGCUUCGUCACAAGGAUGUGA